AUGAGAGCACACACGUUUCGACAGGCAAAGGAAGCCGAUAGACACAAGACCGCCGUCCUAAUUCACGGUGGAAACUUUUGCGGGUUUACUUGCUCUGAUACAGCGCGCCAACAAUCCGCCGCUGGUUACCGGGUAAUCCUGCCUGACGACGUUGGCUUCUGCAGAUCGAGCAAGCCCUAG